AUGCUUAUGUACUUCCAAUCUGAUCCCGACAUAUGGUCCGGCUUGAUCUUCUUGUCUCCGUUAUUCGUCCUACCGGAAGGCAUGAUUCCCUCCAAGCUACAUAUAACGAUGUACGGACUACUUUUCGGAUUGGCGGAUACAUGGGCGGCGAUGCCAACGGCUCAGAUGGCGGUGAAGGCGGUGAAGGAUUUGGAGAAACUGAAGAUACUGGUGGUGAACCCGAAACGAUAUGCCGGAAAACCGAGGGUGGGGACGAUGAGAGAGGUGGUGAGGGUGACGAAUUAUGUACAGAACAACUUCGAGAAGGUUAAGGUUCCAUUUUUUACAGCUCAUGGCACUGCGGAUGGGUUGGCGUGCCAUACUGGUUCAGAGAUGUUGUAUGAGAAAGCUGUCACUGCUGAAGAAGACAAGACGUUGAAGCUGUAUGAAGGAAUGUAUCAUUCGUUGAUCAAUGGGGAGCCUGAUGAGGCUGCGGAUCUUGUUUUGGCGGACAUGAAAGCUUGGAUUGAUGCCAUGGCUCAAAAGUAUGGUCCUAAAUCCUAA